GGACCAUCAUCCACCGCCCCCCGGCUUCUCUCCAAGGCAAGGCUCCAGAUCCUUCCCACCGUCCGGUCCGAGACGCACCAACGCCAGUACGCCACCACAUCCGUUCCCUUCCACGACCCCUCUCGCCGUCGCCGCCGGCUCCGUCCAGAUCCAGCAGAUAUGCCUCGCUAUGAUGAUCGCUAUGGAGGCACGCGCUUGUAUGUUGGCAGAUUGGCCUCCCGUACUCGCUCCCGCGACCUAGAAUAUCUGUUCAGCAGAUAUGGAAGGUUUUUCGGUUUUUACCGGGAGGUCUGUGGUGGAAGGGUGCCCUUGGUGGACUUGGUGACCAUGGUGAAGGGCGCCCUUGGUGUGAUAAUACGAGAAGUGGAGUUGAAGCGCGACUAUGCAUUCAUUGAGUUCAGUGAUCCUCGUGAUGCUGAUGAUGCACGAUACAACCUAGAUGGCAGGGAUGUUGAUGGGAGCCGCAUUAUUGUUGAGUUUGCUAAAGGGGUUCCACGUGGACCAGGUGGCUCACGUGAAUACAUGGGAAGAGGCCCUCCCCCAGGAACAGGUCGUUGUUUCAACUGUGGAAUCGAUGGUCACUGGGCAAGAGACUGUAAGGCUGGUGACUGGAAAAAUAAAUGCUACCGAUGUGGAGAAAGGGGCCAUAUAGAAAGAAAUUGCCAGAACAGCCCUAGGAGUAUCAGGCGUGAGAGAAGUUACUCACGGUCCCCAUCUCCACGCCGUGGACGGGGCCGCAGUCGGAGCUACAGCAGAAGCCGAAGCCGGAGCCGGAGCUAUAGCUGCUCAAGAUCCCUAUCUGGAUCUCCUAGGGGAGGUCGCCAUGACCGUGGUGAGAGGAGAUCAAGGAGCCUUAGCUACAGCAGGAGUCCCAUGCGAUCUGCCUCCCCACCUGCAAAGGAGCGCAGCCCUACACCUGAUGUUAGCAGGAGCCCAAGGAGUCCCAGUCCCCGGAGUCAGGUGAGCCCACCGCUAAGGGACAAUGGUGAGCGCAAUGGCUCAGACCGUGGUGAUAGCCCUGGAGGAAUGGAGAAGGAGAACAGCAGGAGCAGGAGCAGGAGCCGGAGCCCAUCUGAUGGCAACCGCAGCCCUGUGGCCAAUGGGCGGAGCCCAAGUCCUAGGGAUGACCCUAGCCCAAGCCCUAUGGGUGACCGCAGUCCAAGUCCCAAGGGCAAUGGUAACAACAAUGAUGAUGAUGACCACCAGGCUUCACCCAUAGGAAGCAAGUCCCCCUGAAAACCGCCCAUCCUAGUUUGUGGUGCUUCGUUACAUAAUGAGCGGACUUUGUGAUAGCAGCUAUAUUAUGAGUUUUAAAGACAUGAUAAUUAUAUUUUGCUCCUUUUUGAAAGGAGGACUUUUUUUAUAAGAAAAGGAGGACUUUCUCUCUUGUGUAAGGAUUUGUUGCCCACCGGCUGUAGUUUAUGUGUAUCGGAGAUAAUUGAACACUUUAUUAGCA